AUGGGAGCCAAACUGAUGAAAUGUCUCAGCUCAUCCAGCCCUAUACACACGCCUAAAGAGGAGUACAUCAUCGGGCAGGCUGAAGAACAGGGCGAGAUUGUGGGAAACCACACAGAGCAACCACAAAGCCUGAAUGCAGAUGCAGCAAAGCUGUCAUCCAGUGAGCCAACUCCAGGACCAGAGAUCACUGGGACAGGGGAUGGGAGCUCCUGGGAGGAGCAGCUUUAUGUCCAGCAGGAGCAGCUGGAGAAGGAGAUGCAGGAGACUAGGAAGAUGGUGACAAGGCUUCAAGCAUUGCUGCUCCAUGGGUCACUUCCCGAAGAUGAGAAAAUGGCUUCUGUAUUUGGAGACACUGCUAUCAAUGCUGAGCAGCAGCUGAUAUUAAUUCGCAGUCGCCUCGAUCAGAGCAUGGAAGAAUCCUUGGAUUUGAAGAGGGAGUUGUUGAGGUACAAGCAGGAGGCACGCAAUCUUCAGGCAGUUAAGGAUACCUUGCAGUACCGCAUGUCAGUACAGGAAGACUCAGUACUACAGCUUAAACAGGAAUUACUCCGAUCCAGCAUGGACAAGGACGAGCUUGCAGGGCAGAAUAUGGAACUACAAAAGAAGUUGAGUGAUAGAGACAGAUUGCUGAGUGAAUACAAAAAAGAAAUUGCACAGAAAGAUAGACAACUUCAGCAGCAUCAGUCUAAACUGGAGGAGUCAGUGUGCAAACUCAAUGAGAGUAAUCAUCACAGGAUGUCUAGUUGUGAGAACAACGGCUACAGCCAUACGAUUGAUACGUUGUCUUCACCAUUUCCACAUGGAGUGGGUGAUGAGCUGCAGCUGGUGCGGGAUGCUCUGCGCAGUCUGAGGAACAGUUUCAGUGGUCAUGACCUUCAGCACCACACACUGGACACUCUGGAGCAAGGAGUGUCCAGCCUGAUAGACCGUCUCCAUUCCACUGACCCUAAGAAGAGGCAGGACAGAAAGGGUUCGAACAAAUCACCAGGGAGAAGAGCCAAUCACACUGAUCGAGAGUCAUGGCCACCGAGUUCAAAAAUCCCCCACUCUCACAGUAGUCCUGUGCUCAGUGCCUCAACCUCAACCAAAGUACUCUAUUUCACAGACCGCUCUCUUACACCCUUUCUAGUAAACAUCCCUAAAAGGCUAGGGGAGGUCACACUUCAGGAUUUCAAGGCUGCUGUUGGAAGACACAGUAAUUUUAGAUAUCACUUCAAGUCUCUGGACCCUGAAUUUGGAACAGUAAAAGAGGAGGUGUUCCAGGAUGAUGCUAUAAUACCUGGAUGGGAAGGAAAGAUUGUUGCCUGGGUGGAAGAAGACCAUAGUGAAGGCAGGUAA